AUGGGGCUGCCCGCGGAGAGCCCCCCGAGCCCGGUGAGACCCCCGGGGGCUGCGGGGUGUGGUGUUCUGGGGGGCUGCGGGGAUGCUGAUUUUACCCGUGCUCUGGGCUCAGGGCUGUCAGACAAGUGCUUGGAAGCCCCAGGAGGUUCCCCAGGGCCGGGCUGCAGCCGCACAGCUCAGCAGCUCCGGCGUCUCUUCCCAGCCCUGGCACUGGCCCUGCGCUGCCUGCGCCUGCUGCCCCCCCGCCCGCACGCCCCUCCCGGGGGUCUCUGCCCGCGGCUGCAGGUGCUGGGCCGGUGCCUGGCGGCGGUGGCGGCCGCCCACGCGUGGCUGACGGGCCGGGCCGGGCGGUACCUGGCGGCCUGGGCGCUGCCUCAGUUCCUGCUGCUCACCCAGGGAGACCUGUGCUGA